UUAGUUGUUUGAGUUCUUAUCUACAAAUCAUAUAUGUAUCUUGAUAAUUUAAAUGUUAAAUUUUAAAAUAGUUCUAUUAGUUCGGAAUAAAGCACUAAGGGAUAAUGUUCUUCGACUGGCGGUCCUCUGAAUUUAAACACAACAGUAAUGAAUGGGGGUAUUACCCAUUUGCAUAUAGACAUGUUAUUAGCGAUGAUAUCGAUGCCAUUAAUUGCACUUUGCCGACCAUCGUGGAUUUCCCAAACCUUUUGCGACAAAAAAGUUGGAUAGCAAUCGUUGUGUCCUUCUUAGUCAGCAUGUACCUUUUUGUCAUCCUCGCGAUUGUCUGUGACGAUUAUCUUGUGCCAGCCAUGGAACGCCUUUGCUACACCCUGCGAAUGUCCUACGAUGUGGCGGGAGCCACUUUUCUAGCGGCUUCCACCUCGGCACCAGAACUGUUUGUAAACUUUGUGGGAACCUUCGUCACCAACGGCGACAUCGGACUGGGCACUAUCGUGGGAUCCUCCGUGUUUAAUGUCCUGGCAAUUGCAGGCGUUUGCGGCAUUUUCUCUCAACCGACCAAACUGGAUUGGUGGCCGGUAACCAGAGACACAGCCUGGUACCUCGUAGCCAUCGGUUCGCUCACAAGUGUGUUAUGGGAUUCGUUGGUUAUGUGGUACGAGGCUUUUGUCCUUUUACUACUAUACUUUGCCUAUGUCAUUCAAUUGCUCUUUGACCAUAGGAUCCAAAAUUUUUUUCGCCAUGAACACGCGGAGUCGGAGGUGUUGGACGAAGAUCCGAUGACCCGCGAAGAAGAGCCGCUGAAAGGAUUUCGUGACCGCGUGUGCGCGAAACCGCAGCCGAAAUCCAAUUUCUGCCAGUGGACCUGGUGGGUCAUCAAAUAUCCGGCAGAAUGGAUGCUUGCCUGCACUAUUCCCAGUGCUAGAUCGAUCUUCUUCCUGUCCAUGUGUUUUGCCGUUCUGUGGAUCAGCAUGAUAUCCUAUUUGCUGGCCUGGUUCCUCACAAUUUUGGGGUACAACCUCAACAUUCCGGACGCGAUCAUGGGGCUUACUGUACUGGCCGCCGGCACUAGUGUUCCAGAAGUAGCAUCCUCUUAUAUCGUGUCAAAGAAGGGAUACGGGUCAAUGGCCAUCUGCAAUGCCAUUGGCUCGAACACAUUCGACAUUUUCGUGUGUCUCGGUCUACCCUGGCUGCUAAAUAUUUGUAUUUACCAGCAGAAGGUUGUGAUCGACUCCACGGCCCUUACAUUCACCACGGCCAUGCUAGUGUUAACUGCCUCAAUCCUUUAUUUGGGUCUUCUGGCAACCAAGUUUGUGAUGGGCAAGAUCGUCGGAUGUAUUUGCGUAAUCUCCUAUUUGCUUUUUCUGAUUAUCGCAUGUACACUGGAGAUACUACUGAACAAGGAAAACACGUGCGACAUUGAGGAUCCAAGUGGAUUUUUUUAAUAUUUUUCCUUUUUGAUUGAUCCUCAAUUAAAAUAAAUAUUUGAAAUGUGAUGGUAAA